AUGGCCGUCCAACCGAAAGAUCACUGUGUUCAGCUGCCUGCACCGUUGGAAAGCUUAUUCUGGGCAGUAAUUUCGCAUGUUUUACUGAUGAGCGGCAGUCAGGAAGUGAGGAUACAUGACGUCUGGAACUCUAACGUUGAAGAAGAGUUCGCUAAAAUGCGAACUCUCAUAGAGGACUAUCCUUUUGUGGCGAUGGACACCGAGUUCCCAGGAGUCGUUGCUACACCCCUUGGAACCUUCAAGAGCAAGGAGGAUUUCAACUAUCAGCAAGUCUCCUGCAAUGUGAACAUGCUGAAACUUAUCCAGGUUGGAUUUGCGUUGGUAGACGAAAAAGGGGAACUUCCACCCACAGGCGAUGUCUGGCAAUUCAACUUCCACUUCUCGCUGACCGACGAUAUGUACUCACAAGAAAGUGUUGAGAUGCUCAGAGCAGCAGGAAUAGAUUUCAACCGUCUGCAGAAUGAGGGAAUUUCAAUGGACAUAUUUGGUGAAUUGUUGACAACGUCAGGGCUCAUCGUGGACGACCGUAUCACAUGGCUCACAUUUUCUUCUGGAUAUGAUUUUGGCUAUCUCUUGAAGUCAAUCACCUUGGGAGAGUUACCGAAAGAGGAAUCUCAGUUUUUCCAAUUCCACCGUGCUCUAUUUCCCAAGUGUUACGACAUCAAGCUGAUGUUGCGAAUGCCGGGAGCUUUCAACACUAAGCUCAAGGGUGGCCUACAAGAGGUUGCGGAUCAACUGGAUGUGAAGCGCCACGGCAUGCGACAUCAGGCUGGCUCGGAUGCUUUGCUAACAGCGAAGACAUUCUUCAAAAUCAAGCAGCAAUUUUUCAGUGACAAUUGGGAAAAGGUAUCGCGAUUAGUGCAAGGGCACCUGUUCGGGCUUGGAUCAUCGCUCUCACUUUCACAGUCAGCACAUAAAUUGGACGAAAUGGACAGAGAAAAGGAACCGGUGGCUGUUAAUUAGUCUGUUCGACUGCAGCUCUUUUUGUAUAAACUGUUUGGACGUCGUUGGAGCUGUGUACAAAUAACAGCGCAGACUCUGCUUCUACACAGUCAUAGAAUAUCGCUAUGGUUUGGCUUGUGAAUCGAUAUGUUUGGUUAGGUAUCGAGCUUUGAUUCAGCUCAUUCGAGGGUGGCAAAGUUGAAAGUAUUGCUAGUGGCAGCGCUCCGGUUAUGGUUGUUUUGUUCAAGAUCUCUUCGUUUUCCGUCUUUAUCUCCAAAUAAAUUCCCCUUUCGUUCGAAGACCAUUUCACUCACUGCCAAGUGCAUUAAAGAUUCUGUACAAAUUAUUCCCGUGUAAUUUUUGUGAAUGCUCCAUUAUGAUUCAACUUAUUUGUGUUUC